AUGGCCGAUCUCUAUCGGAUUGAACAGGGGGAGAAUGAACAUCCAAAAUCAUACUUACAGCAUUUCAUUGACCUCGUACAUCAAAUCCACGACGUCGAUCCACUCACCGCAGCAAAUCUCUUCGUCAAAAGCUUGAAGGUGGGGUCACUCUUGCAUGAGAAUCUCACUAUGACACCACCAUACGACAUGGCAGACGUGCAGACCCGAGCCGAGGGCGUCUUCAGGGUAUUAGAAUUUCGAGAGCGCGCACAGAAGAAGACUGCACUCAUCUCUGCUCCCCCAACAAAUAAUCCACCACCACCUGCCAGGGAUGACAAGAGGAAACGGAACCAAACAGAUCAUACGAAGGAAGGAAAAAGGCCAAGACAGGAUCGACAGCCAUCACGAUACCCAUCCUUCGAAUACACCGUCCCGCAAGAAGUCAUUUAUGAAGAAAAUAAAGAUAGACCUAUCUGGCGAGAGCCCUACAAAAUUACCACUCCAUCUGACAGAAGGGAUAAAAGCAGGUACUGUCUCUUCCACAAAGAUCACGGUCAUACGAUCGCUGAAUGCCACAAUUUGAACAAUCAGAUCCAACCUCUCAUGAGGAGUGGGCGGCUUACCCAAUACAUCAAGGAGACAGGCAAACCAGGCGCCUCGCAGCAGAACCCAGCUUCUGCCCCCGCUCCGCAGGCGUCAGACCCCGUGCACACAGCCUCUGACAGCACCCUGGAGCCUCUUAAGCAAGUCCCUAUGAUCCACGGGAUCGUGGAGCCCACUGAUAAUCAAGAGCAUGCAACUAAAAUCCAUAAAAGGAUGGAAGAACGAGUGAAGCGAUACAAAUCAUUAGGCCACAUGGUCAAUCUCGUCACUUCAGAAGACAGAAGCUACCCAGCCUCUGCUAUCACCUUCACUGGUGAUGACCUGAAGGGCGUCCACCUGCCUCAUGAUGAUCCACUCGUCAUUUCCCUACAAGUUGACCACUGCCAGCUGGGCAGAGUUCUGAUCGACAGGGGCAGUGGGGUCGACAUCCUCUUCUGGGAAGCCUUCCAGAAGAUGGGGCUGGAGGAGAAUCAGAUCUGA